AAAUCCUCCAGGUUAUAUUUCAGAUGAUGGAAUACAGACAAAAGGAAUGAAAUCGUCUCUGCCAACACUUUCUACAGAGAAAACAGAGUUAUUAAAAAUAAAAAAGGCAUGGGAAGUAGCUUUGGCACCAGCAAAAAUGUUACCUAUGUCUAUUAUUAUGGCAUAUAUGUCGGGAAAUAGUGUUCAAAUAUUUUCUUUAAUUAUGACAUUUAUGCUUUUUUGGAACCCUAUAAAGAGUAUAUCGAAUUUAAACAAAGCAUUUGUUCAUUUAGAAUCGCCUAAAACGCAUUCUAAGUUUUUUCUUCCCAAGUUAUCAUUUGUACUUAUUCAACUGGUUACGAUUGCUCUUGGAUUGAUAAAAAUGCAAUGGAUGGGAUUGUUACCAAUUACCAGAAGUGAUUGGCUCGCUUGGGAACAUGAAAGAAAUCACCUCGAAUAUUCUGUAUUUUCAUAUAACUAAAAUAUCAUCAAUCUAUACAUGAAAAAGAUCUAACAUGAC